ACAGGUGCUGCAAGUACGUCGCCAGGAGUCACCACAGCUGCCCGAGUGUCCACAGCAGUGCUCAAAACAACAGGCCUAAAGUCGACUCCAGAGGUGACGACAACUGACUCGGAGUCGACUCCCGGUUCUACCACGACGGCGUCACAGCCAGCGGCAGAUUGCCAGGAGGUGUUGGAUGCCGGUCAUACAACCAGCGGUGUGUAUACCAUUCAACAUGAAGGUCAAAACAUGCAAGUCUACUGCAGUAUGGAGUCGGGACGCGGUUACAUAGUGUUGCAACGGCGCGUCGACGGCUCCAUCAGUUUCCACCGCAACUGGCAGGAAUACGCAGACGGUUUCGGCGAUCUGACCAGGGAGUUCUGGCUGGGCAACGAGAAGCUGCGGACUCUGACGGAGCCCGCCUCCGAGUCUUGGGAGCUAGUGGUCACGCUGACCUCCUUCGACAACCAAGAGGCGCGGGCGCACUACGGUGGGUUCAGUAUAACCGGAGCCACAUACGACCUGGACGCCAGCGACUUCGACUCCGGAGCUGGGCAGGCGGGAGACUCUCUCACAGCCUUGCAUUUGAGAUCGUUCACAACGAGCAACCAGGACAACGACAACUCGGGAGGCCUGAACUGCGGCCAGGUGUUCCGCUCGGGCUGGUGGUUCAAAAAAUGCAACCGGGUCGACAGCAACUUGAACGGCGUGUACCACAGUAGCCCAGUCGUUGAUGACUACCAGGGGAUACAGUGGGUGUCCUGGAAGGGAAGACGGUACUCUCUGAAGGGGUGUGAAAUGAAGAUGAGACGUAAUGUCGUUGCUACCCAGUAGUAGUUAACAGCACAUUACAAGCGCCCUCAAGAUGCUCUCGAAAGAAUUUCCCCGCCACUAAAUUUCAGUUCAUUAAUGCAGCUACCAAAUCAGAGCAGAUUCCAAGCAUGAGUCCAGGCCCAUAGACGGACCUUUCCUUUUUCCACGUCAAA